GUCCCUUUGGAACUUGGGAGUUGGAACAGGGCAUCAACAUUGUCAAUUGGAGAGGCUUGGAGCUGCUUCGAUAUCCACAGUAGAGCAAACAAGAAGGCAUCAAUUCUAGAAGCUUGCAGAACCGUCGCCCGUGCAGAUGGAGAACCGAAAGAAUGCCGGCCUCAGGAAGAGGAAGCUUCCGAACAAUGGGACGGUGCAGGAGGAGCCUGAUAUCAAGAAGAUGUGCCAAGCCCUGAAGGAGAUGGAAUGUGAGCUCCAGAACCUCCGGGACGACAACAACCAGCUCCGCGACGAGCUCCUUGGCAAAGACCGUCAGCUUGCGGAGACACGGACAGUUCUAGUUGACAGGGAGCACAAGCUUUCGAACACCCAGGCACUUCUAGUUGACAGGGAGCAGCAGCUUGCGGCCCAGACACUUGUUGUUGACACAAAGGAGUUUGAAACUGAAAUUUUAAGGCUUAAACGUCUCUUGGCUGAGAAGAAUGAUACAAAUAAUCAUGCAGCUCUAGUGUCUGCUGAGACAACAACUGAAUUCAUACAGAAGCAAACUCCAGUUUCACCUGCAAGGACACCAGUGUCAAACAGAACGAAUACAGUCCAGUCCAGUGUGAAAGCCAUUGCCCACCAUGGUAGCUUUCAGGAUGAAGCUAGAGAGGAUUGCUGUCGAAGAGGUGUUUGCAGCUCAGGGAGUGGGACAGAUGAAAGUUCUCGUUCUUGUGUGUAUCAUAUGCUGGUGGAAUCUUUAGUGGGCAUGAAGUUUUCAUUGAAGGAUGAAGCAGAAGGACUCUCACUUUCAAUCUAUCAUGAAGCUACUGGUACAUGCAAAGACCAGUUCUCGUGUUGUUUCAAUUUGUGGUUAUGAUUUCAGCCUUACGUGGUUGGAGCAAGCUGAUGGCGGUGAAUGGGCCUACAAAUACUCCUCGCUGGGCACCCUGGAGGAGAUGGCUUUGAAGUGGAUGAAAGUGCAGGACAUACGGUUCAGCAUGGACAUGUUCCCCAUGUUCUUCGAGCGGAUAUCGAGCCUCCUCAAGCGAGGCCGAUGAAUGAUCGCCGUAACUUGGUAUUGUAGAGCUCUAGAUAGAUGUGACAUGACUGAAACUGAUCGACUGUUGGCGGAACGAACUGUCCUUACUAUCUUGGGAGGGCUGAAGAUGGUUUGGGUCUGUUCCUUUAGCUGCUGAAUCUUGGGACUUGUACUGCAUAGUUAAUGAGCGAGGCAAGACUGUGGCUGAUAUCUGGGAUGGCCAACGGGUUAGGCGCGCCGUUAGGAGGAACCGUAACGAUGAGUUGAUGCAACGGUGGCAUGAGUUUGAAAGUAUUGCUCGGAUCAUCGUGUUUACUGGUGAUGAAGACCGGAUUGUUUGUCAAUAUGUGGCUAGUGAUUGUUUUCUCUUCUAGUAGUUCUCUUUAUAAGAUUAUUAUCAGUUUUGGGGGGUCACCCCAUUUCAUUUGCCUGCUGUUUGGAAGAUUAAUUAAGGCCCCUCCUGAGAUCCA